AUGGAGAUUGAAUCUCUCGAUUUGAUCAGAAGCUUCAAGAGCAUGUCUGAGAAGAAUAUGGAAAAUUUCGCCAGAUACGGGAUCAUGACACUGACUGCUUGGGCUUACAGACGCUCUGAUGCAGAUCAUUUCAGGCUUGUCUCAGAUCUGAUGCACUUCUUCUGGAUUAUUGACGAUUUCACUGAUAACCAAUCACUGCUCGAGAAUGAAAGUCAGGUUGCGAACUUGAAGCGCAUCCUAGUAGAUCCUACCUAUACAUCAUCGGAUGAUGGAGUUCUGGAGAACAUGUGUAGAUCAUGGUGGAACAAUGUCCUAGAAAUACUCGAGCCUCCUUCCACCACGAAGGAUCUGUUCGUGCGCCAUUUUAUAUGCUAUCUUGAUUCGGUUGUGGAAGAAACACAAGAUCGUGAGACAGGCCGUCUGCGCAGUCGUACCGAGCAUUUCGAUAUCCGUCGACGUAAUCUUGGGAUGGUGCCUUCAAUGGACUUUGUUUGCAUCCGAUUUCAUCUUUCAGAUGAUAUGAUCAACCACGAAGUCAUUCAGAGGAUGACAAUCACUACCACUGACCUUAUCGGGAUUGCCAACGACAUUUAUAGUUACAAUGUUGAGCAGGUCAGUGGCCAGAAAAGCGUCGCUUGUAAUCUUGUCGAUGUUGUACUGCGUGAAAGAGGAAGAGGUGUGCAAGAUACAAUGGAUGUCAUGGGAAAGAUGUAUCGCAAUCUCUUUCUUUCCCUUAUCGAUGACUACAAUCAUCUCCCGACAUUUCAAGAUACCGAGCAAGAUCGAGUGCUCAAAGAAUACGCACUAGGCAUGUUGGAUAGGGUUGAGGCCAACGUGGAAUUUUCGCUUGGUAGUCAGAGAUACUUUGGAUUAGAAGCUGGUUUGGAAAGGACAAGGGUUGAACGUAUGGUUAAGCUCUUGCCACAUAGGGGAUAUGUUACUGUAUGA